CGUCGCCAGCAGCCAUCGCAGGGUACACGUACGUUCUCGUCCGACGCGGCCUAGGCACCGCGAUAUAUUUGCAAUCGCUGCACCUUCUUACACUUUCUGCAGCCGAAUAUCGGAGCGUAUCGGAGGUGCAAAAGGUGCAACGGAAUAAAGCGCGAAAAUAAAAUACCGCGUCGUGCGGCGCGAGAAAAGGAUUUUGCCGAUUCCGGCUGGGAUUGCGGGUGAGGAAGAAGCCUUGGGCCGAGCGAGCCACGCGGUAAUGAAAGGCUGGUUUAAUCGCGACGAGGAGGGCAAGGUGAUCAUAGACAACAAUGGGUUUGUUACGAUCACAUGCGAAGGUAAUGGUAAAGAGGAAAAUGUGAUUUUCCAACUUCACAUAUCGGAGAUUGACGACAAGGCGGAAAAAAUGUGCUUCAAUGUCAAUGGCAACGAUAUACAGAUCGAUGUCAUUCCAUGGGAGAUAGUUGACAAUGAUUCCGAGAGUGAGAAACAGGCGGAUAAGUCCAAGGAGUCCGAUAAGGCCGACACGCCAACGACGAGUAAAGGCGGAAAUGCGAUUUUCCCAUGGUGCGACGCCUCGACGAAGAUCUUUCUGAAGGAGUACAAAGAGAAGAAGGAAUUGGUGAGGAAUCGGCAACUGAAAAACAUGAAGAAGGCGUAUCAGGAGAUAGCCAAAAAUUUGAUGGAGAAUGGCUUCAGUGUGUCGUCUCUGCAAGUGGAAAACAGAUACAAAACGCUCAAACGCGCUUACAAGAACAUGAUGAUACACAACAGGAGAAACGGGAGGGGAAAGUACAUCUGCAGUUACGAACAAGACCUGGACGAAAUCUUUGCGUCUGAUUUAUAUGAAACGGAAAUGAAUGGCGACGAUGACUCAAAGGCAGGAUCCAUGAUGAUUGCCAAAAGCAGUGGUACCGAGACAGCAGAUAAUUUGAAAGUCACUCAGCAUAAUGCCAGAUUGGAAGCUCAGAACGUGCAAAUAAUUGAGAACCUGCAGGGCUGUCAGCGUUUAUUAAGAAAUUUAAUCAGCAGGAUGGACAACAAAAAUAAAAAUUCCAAUUAUAUGCGAAAUGGAGUCUUGCAAGUAUGCAUGGAGAUGCGGGAUAUGCAGAAGGAAGAAUUUGCACGCGCGGAGGAACAUAGAGAGAAGGCCAAUACUCAGAGAGAGAUAAGAAACAGUCUGUUGGAAGAAAUUGUAACGAUUCUCAAGUCUGGGAAGGACACGUAAUACGAUCGACAAGCACGCGAGCUCGUUUGCAUCCUCAAUAUAUAUAUAUAGUUACGAAAUAUAAUAGAAUUUAUUUAUUCUAUUAAAUGCGGAAAGCGAGAUGACGUCGUAUAUUUUUAUAAUUUCAUCACAUAACUAAUGUUCUUUAACGCGUUGUCUGCCCAGGUUUGUUCCGUGUACCACGUAGUAGAAUCUUCAUUAUAAUACCAAGUAGAAAGUUUUCACGGGCAUAUAAUGAUGAAAUACUGUAUAAUAUGAUUACAAGGCUGCAUCGUGCAGUUACUAUGUUGAAUAACACAUUUUUUACUUUCUUUAUAUCGUUAUUAAGCUAUGCUGAGAUUUUACAUUAGAUGGUGUCCAUACCAAUGACAUACAUAACAAAUGAUGUUUUUAUAAGUUUUAAAAAUUGUUCGAUAGCGCUGGUCAGGGUAACACUGAAAAGUUAGGUAUUGGUCACGGAGGAUAGACUACUAUCAUCAUAUGGCAGUCAACGUGUUAACUUAUCUAGCGAGCCAAUCGCAAAUGAAAAUGUACAUAGGACUGAACCUGGGACCCGCUACAAAUCGACUGCUCUCACAUGUCACUCCCAAUUUGAGUUUCCCUAAAGUUAUAAUUAAAGGAGUUAGAUAAUUAAAAGUUAAAUGGGAUAACUGUAAUUGAAUUAGGGUUAAAAUUGAGAAGAUUGAAAUUCUACAAAUCGAUCCAAAAGUUAUCUUUUACGAUUCUGUAUAUUAAUACUGAAGAAUAAAUUAAUAUUUCUGA